UUAUCUCUGCAGGCAUUUCUUCACCGGAUCCGCCAGAAUGCUGUGGACAAAGCUGAGAAGUACAUAACAGAGGAGAAUGUUAAGAUCUUAUUUUCUAACAUCGAAGACAUUCUUGGUGUUCACAAGGAGUUCCUGGCUGCCCUGGAAUUUUGUUUACAACCAGAACCUCAGUCUCAGCAUGAACUGGGAAAUGUUUUCUUAAAAUUUAAAGACAAAUUCUUUGUGUACGAGGAGUAUUGUAGCAACCACGAGAAAGCACUCAGACUGCUGAUGGAAUUGAACAAGAUCCCAACAGUGAGAACAUUCCUCCUGGGUUGCAUGCUUUUGGGAGGCAGAAAGACGACAGACAUUCCACUAGAGGGUUAUCUGCUGACUCCAAUUCAGAGAAUUUGCAAAUAUCCACUCCUGCUUAAGGAAUUGGCUAAGAGGACUCCCUCUAAGCAUCCUGAUCACCCAGCUGUCCAGAACGCAUUGCAGGCAAUGAAGACAGUCUGCACAAAUAUCAACGAGACCAAGAGACAGAUGGAGAAACUGGAAGCCCUUGAACAGUUGCAGUCCCACAUUGAAGGAUGGGAGGGGUCAAAUCUGACAGAUAUCUGCACACAGCUCUUACUCCAAGCUUUGUUAAACUCAGCAGAAAAUAUCCAGGAGAGAAUGUUCUUUCUAUUCGAUAAUCUACUGGUCUAUUGCAAGAGGAAAUCCAGAGUUACUGGGAAAAAAACAUCUAAACGGACAAAGUCAAUCAACGGGUCCCUGUAUAUCUUCAGGGGCCGAAUAAAUACAGAAGUCAUGGAGGUGGAGAAUGUGGAGGAUGGAACGGCAGAUUACCACAGCAACGGGUACACUGUGACAAAUGGCUGGAAGAUACACAACACAGCCAAAAAUAAAUGGUUUGUCUGUAUGGCCAAGACUGCAGAGGACAAACAGAAAUGGCUGGAUGCUAUAAUCAAGGAAAGGGAGCAGAGAGAGAGUUUGAAACUGGGAAUGGAGAGAGAUGCAUACGUCAUGAUUGCAGAGAAAGGAGAGAAGCUGUACCAAAUGAUGAUGAGCAAGAAAGUGAACCUUAUCAAAGACAGGAGGAGAAAAUUAAGUACUGUUCCCAAGUGCUUUCUUGGCAAUGAGUUUGUAUCAUGGCUCACAGAGAUUGGAGAGAUAAGCAAACCAGAGGAAGGGGUCAACCUGGGACAGGCACUAUUGGAAAAUGGAAUCAUUCAUCAUGUUUCAGAUAAGCACCAAUUUAAGAAUGAGCAGGUGAUGUACAGAUUUCGCUAUGAUGAUGGAACGUACAAGCCAAGAAGUGAAUUGGAAGACAUCAUGUCCAAGGGUGUGAGGCUCUACUGCCGACUACACUGCCUAUAUACUCCAGUGGUAAAAGACCGCGACUACCACCUAAAGACCUACAAAUCAGUAAUCCCUGCAAGUAAACUAGUGGAUUGGCUUAUUGCACAGGGAGACUGUCAGACUCGGGAGGAAGCUGUCGCACUGGGUGUUGGACUCUGCAAUAAUGGCUUCAUGCAUCAUGUCCUGGAGAAAAGUGAAUUUAAGGAUGAAUCCUUAUAUUUCCGCUUUUAUGCUGAUGAGGAGAUGGAAGGCACCAGUUCCAAGAGCAAACAAUUACGUAAUGACUUCAAGCUUGUGGAAAACAUCCUGGGAAAGAGUCUUCUGAUUUUACCAGAAGAGGAUGACUAUGGAUUUGACAUGGAAGAAAAGAACAAAGCAAUCGUGGUGAAGUCAGUUCGACGAGGGUCUUCUGCAGAGAUGGCUGGCCUACAGACGGGAAGAAAAAUCUAUUCCAUCAAUGAGGACUUAAUAUUCCUACGCCCGUUUUCAGAAGUGGAAACCAUCUUAAACCAGUCCUUCUGCUCACGAAGGCCACUUAGGCUUCUGGUAGCUACCAAAUCAAAAGAGAUUAUUAAAAUCCCAGAUUGUCCUGAAGCACUUUGCUUUCAGAUACGGGGAGCAGCACCACCAUAUGUUCAUGCAGUAGGAAGAGGUUCUGAGGCUGCAGCUGUGGGCCUUCAUCCAGGGCAGUGUAUUUUGAAAGUUAAUGGGAAUAAUGCAACACAUGGAAAUUAUAUGGAAGUUCUGGAGCACUUUACAGCCUACAGGACCAGACAACAGGAAGCACUGGGAUUGUACCAGUGGGUCUACAGAACACAUGAAGAUGCUGAGGAGGACAGAGUUCAGCAAGCAGCGUCCACUGCAUAUCUGAAUGGCAGUCAUCCUGGCUCCAGCAAAGAAGACUCUUCACUGGAAGGAGGUGCAGAAUUGGAUCCCCUUCAAAAUAGCCAACAGGAAUCAGCCCAGAAACCACCACAGACCAUCAGCUCUCCACUGAUCAUUGGUGAAGAAACACCUCUCAUUAGCCUGACUGUGGAUAACACCCACCUGGAGCAUGGUGUGGUGUACGAAUAUGUCAGCAGCGCAGGAAUCAAAUCCUUUGUCCUGGAGAAAAUUGUGGAACCAAAAGGUUGCUUCAAUCUCACUGCAAAGAUUUUAGAGGCCUUUGCUACAGAGGACAAUCACUUCAUAAGGAAUUGCAAAAGACUCAUAUCCCUAAGCAGUGCUGUGGCCACCAUGCCCCAGUAUGAAUUCCGGCAAAUCUGUGACACUAAGCUGGAAAGCAUUAGCAGAAGGCUCACAAACUACCAAGAGUUUGCAGAUGAAUUGAAAACAAAGGUGAGUCCAGCCUUCAAACAAGCCAUCAUGGAACCACAUUCCCUCAACAGCAUGGAUUUCUGCCCCACCAACUGCCAUGUUAACCUCAUGGAGGUAUCAUACCCCAAAAACACUACCUCAGCAGGGAGGUCGUUCAGCAUUCGCAUUGGACGGAAGCCUUCUAUUAUUGGUCUUGAUCCAGAACAAGUAGGUACCUUAAAUCCAGUCUCAUAUACUCAACAUUGCAUCACCACUAUGGCUGCACCAUCCUGGAGAUGUCUGACCCCAGAAGAUGGAGAUCUUGAUGGUAGCUUUGGCCAGCAGAAUGGAGGAACAAUUCAGGAAGAAAGGGGACUCAGUUUUCUGCUGAAACAGGAAGAUCGGGAGAUACAGGACUCAUACUUGCACCUUUUUAACAAACUUGACAUUGCAGUGAAGGAAAUGAAGCAGUAUGUCAUUCAGAUAAAUAAACUUUUGUCCACCAUAACAGAACCUACAGAAGGUGGUGCCUGUGAGCCACCAUCUACUGAGGAGACAUCUCCACCUUCCCUGGGAACAGAGGAGAGUGAUCCUGACAAAGCUGAGCAUGGUGGAAUCAAGAAGGUCUGUUUCAAAGUUUCUGAGGAGGACCAGGAAGACUCUGGGCAUGACACAAUGAGUUUCAGAGACUCGUACAGUGAAUGUAACAGUAACCGGGACUCAGUGUUGUCGUACACCAGUGUACGGAGUAAUAGCUCUUACUUGGGCAGUGAUGAGAUGGGAUCAGGAGAUGAGCUUCCCAAUGAUAUGAGGAUUCCUUUAGACAAGCAAGACAAACUUCAUGGCUGUCUGGAACAUCUUUUUAACCAGGUUGAUGCAAUCAAUGCACUUCUAAAAGGACCAGUAAUAACUAAGGCCUUUGAAGAAACCAAGCACUUUCCAAUGGACCACAGUUUGCAAGAAUUUAAACAGAAGGAAGAAACCACAGUUAGGUGCCGGAAUAAUAUUCAAGCCAGCGUUCAAGAAGAUCCAUGGAACCUUCCAUUGCGCAUCAAGAACCUUGUUGAAAUCAUACAAAAACAUGUGGAAGAUGGGAAGAAUCAGCUGCUUUUGGCCUUGUUAAAAUGCACAGAUACUGAGCUACAGCUGAGACGUGAUUCCAUCUUCUGUCAGUCCCUUGUGGCUGCUAUUUGCACCUUUUCAGAGCAGUUACUGGCUGCUCUCAACUAUCGAUACAACAACAAUGGGGAAUACGAAGAGAGCAGCAGAGACGCCAGCAGAAAAUGGCUGGAACAGAUAGCAGCCACUGGUGUUUUGCUAAACUACCAGUCUCUUCUCUCCCCCAGUGUGAAGGAGGAGCGUACCAUGCUGGAAGACAUCCAGGUCACUCUGACUGAACUGGACAAAGUUGCCUUCUAUUUCAAGCAGCUGGAUGAAAGUCUUGUAGCAAAUACUCAUGUCUUCUACCACAUUGAAGGAAGUCGUCAGGCCUUGAAGGUUAUCUUUUAUCUUGACAGCUACUACUUCUCCAAACUGCCUUCUCGGUUUCAGAACGGGGGAAGCUUGAAACUGCACACGGUGCUCUUUACAAAAGCUCUGGAGAGUAUGGAGGGGCAAUCACAACCAGCUGGCUCACCUCUAGAAGAACUUCCACAGCAAAUUAAUGGUAUUUCACUUGAAAAAGUGCAGCAAUACUACCGUAAGCUCAGGACAUUUUACCUAGAGAGAUCAAACUUGCCCACUGAUUCCAAUACUACUGCAGUGAAGAUUGACCAGCUUAUUCGCCCCAUUAAUGCAAUGGAUGAGCUUUGCAGGCUGAUGAAGUCUUUCAUUAAUACAAAACCAACCCAGUCAGGAUAUUCUAGCAGUAACACAUCAGGAGCUGGCCUGCUACCCAUAUCCUCUGAGCUCUGUUAUCGACUUGGAGCCUGUCAGAUUACUAUGUGCGGCACUGGGAUGCAGAGAAGUACAUUGAGUGUGUCCCUGGAGCAAGCAGCCAUACUGGCUCGAAGUCAUGGACUUUUGCCCAAGUGUAUCAUGCAAGCUACAGACAUCAUGCGAAAGCAAGGACCAAGGGUUGAAAUCUCUGCCAAGAAUCUGAAAGUGAUGGACCAAAUGCCACAGUGUGCACCUCGACUCUAUAGGUUGUGCCAGCCACCUACAGAUGGGGAUUUGUAGAAGUGAGAGAGGUACCUACAUUGCAGCAUUGUUAAAGCAUUCAGCUAUGAGCAGCCCUGUCUGAGGACCGAUGCUAACUGAAACUGAUGGCGCUGAAUCAAGAGAGGAAGAGAUAUAGCUCUGGUUGAGUAGGAGAUGAACCUGCUGGACCCAGGCACCAAGAAUCUGCCUUCGAACUCCUGCAGCACGUGCAGGGAUUCCUGUAUUUCUUUGACUUCUUGAAGAAAUUCUUGAAACAAACACCAUAGAGCUAAGAUGGAUGUUACUGCCAUUUGCUAGAUGCCUGGAAAAGUGACAAUUAUAUUUCAAGAAAGCGCAGUUUUACUGGUGACUCGUUUGUGCUGCCACCUAAAAGUUGUGGACUUCAAGAUACGGAUUGGUUAAGAAAAUCUAGAACGACGCAUAUCUCUCUCCCUGUACUGCAUCUGGCAUCCAUUUAAUUGCCAGCAUAGUUUUGGUCAGCGUCCUUGAGCAGUAGCUUCAUAAACACCACUUUUUCAUGAACUGACCUGCACUUUUGAACAACGAAUAGCACAAUCUAUGGUUUAUUCAAACAUGAACAUAACAAAUUUCUUCUGGAGUAAUUUUCCACUUCAGCCCAGUGAGAACCAAUCUCUCUAUGCUGCAGAGUAUACAUUCCAUAAUACUUCUUAACAUUACUUCAUUUUACUUACUGUAGCUUUCAGGUUUUUGAUUAACUCUUUUUACUAAUGCCCUAUUAUGUACUCUGGAAAUACAGUACUAUUUAAGAGAAGAGAUUGGGAGUGAAGGAUUUUAAAGGAAACUUUACAAAGGAAAAAUACGGUCUUAUAAUCUGAUUAUUUGAACAGAUGUAGUUUUUAAAACAGGUCAGAAGAACUAUACUUAUUUAUGUGGAGUGGAAUAUGUGUUUUCGAUCAUGUUAUUAUAUAUACAAGAUUUUAAAAAAAAAUAUAUUGUUUAAAAUGGGACCAAUAUGCUGGCAAUUACACAGCUACUCCCAGUUUACUGAAAAAAAAAAUCUACAUUAUUUAAAAUCUUUCAAUAUUUAAGUAGCCUUUAAUACAGUUAUUAAGAUGUAUUAGGGAUGCUUUUAAGUUAAAAGAAAAAGGAAUCAUGUAUAUAAUGUACUUUAUUUUUUCUUGUUUGAAAAAUUGUUCUCCAUUCUGUCAGUAUUAUCCUAAGCGCAGUAAUUUUUUCCAAAUUACUGGCUGAAACUAAUUGAAACAUGUCAGCAGUCUCAGGACAAAAAUAAUGUUCUUUUGGAGUGAGUGCCUUAAUAUGACCACCCGUCCCUAACGAAUUUCAAUUGUAGCAGGUGUCAGCAGAAGAGUUUAUAGAAAACUUACCAUUCCUCUGUUUCUCCACAGCCUCGUUUAAAACAGUUCAUAGUCAGGAGAUCCAGAAGCGCUUUGCAGUGAUGUAUAUUCUAGAAAAUAAAGGUUUGGGGUUUUUAUUUGUGACGUUGUUUGGUUUUUAGCUGGCUUAAUUUCAUUUUAUUAACAUCCAAACCAACUCAAAAACUAAAAUUAGACUUCUUCCAUUUGGAUAUGAAGGUCUCUUAAAUUUUUUUAAUCUACACUUCAACAGAAAAUGGCUUAUGACAAGUUUGGGGAUGCAGAUUGUUCUGAACCUUGUUUCUUAAUUUUUUGAUUUUUUUUUUUUUCUUCACACUCAGACUGAGAUGAUUUUGGGGAAGGAACGUGUUUUGUUUAAUCUCUUACAUCUGUUUCCUCUGACCUACAGCAACCUGUUGCAGGGAACUAGGACAACCCGUCAAUCGCCAGCUGUCAGAUACAGGGGGUUGUUACCGAGUAUCCAUUUUGUACUGCAGCCAGAUGAGCAGAUCAUUACUUCAAUGCACUUUUUGUUAAUUUUGGAAGAGUUACUCUUGCCAUUUGCUGUUUGAAGAAGAAAUGGAUGUUUCUUUACUGAAUCCUCAACUGAAAAUGUACUUAGUAUUAUAAGAACUGUAGGAACACCCAGAAAUAAAAAGAACACAUAGGCCAAGAUCCUUGCCUUGUCUACAUCAGCUCUGUUCAGCGGAACUGCAGCAAUUUACACAGCCUGGUGAGGAUCCUGGCCCACACUUACGCAGUCACUGUAAACGUUAAAGAUGCAUAGAAGAGUAUCUAAGGGCAUUUACACUGUGCACUGUUUUACAUUGAAAUGUAUAUGUUAUUCUCAUUGAAAACGUGAUAGAAGUUUUUAUUAUUAAAAG